GUCCACUUGUGUACGGCUGCUCCUUGCUACAGAAGACCUGGGACAGAGGACUGCUGUCUGCCCUCUCUGGUCACCCUGCCUAGCUAGAAGAGCUGUGACCCCAGCCAUGAGGUCCCUCACCAUCCUUGCUGCCAUUCUCCUGUUUGCCCUGCUGGCUCAGGCUAAGUCACUCCAGGAAACAGCUGAUGACACUGCAACCCAGGAGCAGCCUGGGGAAGACGACCAGGACCUUGCUGUCUCCUUUGAAGAAAAUGGACUCUCUACUCUUAGAGCCUCAGGUUCUCAGGCAAGACUCGCAUGCAUUUGCCGAAUCGGCCGUUGUUUGAGGCGUGAGUCCUACUCCGGGAGGUGCGGCCGCAACUACACACUCUGCUGUCGCAGAGCUUCCUAGAUAGAAACCAAAGCAGUGCAACAUUCAAUCCAAGGUCCUGAAGAAAGAAAAACAUUUCACCCUCUGUACCUUGUAUCUUUCUAAGUUUUUCUCUCCAAAAUAAAGUUCAAGCAUUAAACUUA